GCAAGGAGAUUCCUCUAAAAAGAAAAAGGAUGGAUGUUUCUCAUGAAGGACCUGAGCCCCAGUCAGAGGAGACACCAAGAAAAAGGAGGAGAACAGAGAUAGAAGAGAGGGAUGUGAAGACUGAAAAGACUGAGACCAGUGUAGAGGCAUCCUCCUCCAUCAUUAGAAGAGAAAGCAAGGAGAUUCCUCUGAAAAGAAAAAGGAUGGAUGUUUCUCAUGAAGGACCUGAGCCCCAGCCAGAGGAGACACCAGGAAAAAGGAGGAGAACAGAGAUAGAAGAGAAGGAUGUGAAGACUGAAAAAACUGAGACCAGUGUGGAGGCAUCCUGCUCCGUCAUUAGAAGAGAAAGCAAGGAGAAUCCUCUGAAAAGAAAAAGGAUGGAUGUUUCUCAUGAAGGACCUGAGCCCCAGCCAGAGGAGAUGGCGGAAAAGAGGAGGAGAACAGAGAUAGAAGAGAAGGAUGUGAAGACUGAAAAAACUGAGACCAAAAACCUUUUUAGUCGCUACAUUUUGGGAUCGCUGCUGGGAAAAGGAGGCUUCGGUUCCGUCUACGCAGGUGUUCGGAAAUCAGAUGGGAAAAAGGUGGCCCUGAAAUUCAUGCUCAAGUAUGAAGAUGACCCAUACAUCACACUUCCCGGUGACACACGCAGACUCCCUGUUGAAGUGGCGCUAAUGGAGCUUGUGUGCAAGCCGCCUCGCUGUCCAUAUGUGAUAGAGCUGCUGGAAUGGUCCGAGACGCCCCAAGCCUUCAUCUUGGUCCUGGAGCGGCCCGACCCUUGUGUUGAUCUCUACAAGUACUGUGAAGAUGUGAACAUGUCUGAAUCUCUGGCUCAAAUCAUCAUGCAGCAAGUAAUUCACGCUGCAUGUCACUGCCGUGACCGGGGUGUGCUCCAUCGAGACAUCAAGGAAGAAAACAUUCUCCUGAACCCUCAGACCCUUGAAGUGAAGCUGAUCGAUUUCGGCUGUGGUGAUCUACUUAAGGACACCCCCUACACUGAAUAUGCAGGCACUCGGACUUUCCACCCACCUGAAUGGAUUGUUGAAAAAGAGUACGAGGCGGAACCUGCUACUGUCUGGGGUCUGGGAAUACUCCUGUACAACCUGUUAUGUGGAGAAGAGCCUUUUUUUGGAGCACAAGAGAUUGUUGAUGGCCGCCUGAACUUCCCUGAUGAUCUGUCUGAAGCUUGCUGCAGUCUGAUAAGGUGGUGCCUGCAACGAGACCCUAAAAGACGACCAACCCUCGAGCAGAUCCUCGCACAUGACUGGUUCUGAGGCCAAGUUAGUGAGAAACAACAGAAU